ACCUGAAGGAAAGGGACCCUCAGCUGCUGGUUGAAUGUCUGACGCCUGAUUUUCGUGGUGACCUGGCAGUGGUGGAGAAGAUCACCCUGUCUGGGUUAGACGUGUACGCCCACAAUGUGGAUACAGUCCGAGAGCUGCAGAGAGCUGCGAGAGGCCGGAGUGGACUGUCUAACACUGGGUCAGUACAUGCAGCCCACCAAACGCCACCUGAAGGUGGAGGAAUACGUCACUCCAGAGAGGUUUGCCCACUGGGAGAAAGUUGGGAAUGAAAUGGGCUUCGUUUACACAGCCAGUGGGCCGCUGGUGAGAUCGUCCUACAAAGCAGCUUCAUCAGCCGAAGCACAGAAGACACGUUUCAUUUACAAGUAGCACAAAAAAUUAAAAAUAAGGCCGUUGGUAUUACAUAAGGGUUGAGAAGUGACAUUAAUAUGACUCAUUCUUUUGCACUUGUCUUCUUACUGUUUACCUGUGACAACCCGGAGGGGCUGCAGUUUAGGGGAAGGGGAUGAAAGCGAACAAGCCUCAGUUAGAAGCCUGAAGAUAUGGAGAUGCUGUCCGUGUACUCCUGCUAGAAAUACAAGCUGCUGUUUGCAGAAGUUGUAAUUGUCUGUAAUCUCUGCACCUCAGGGGCAGGAGGGCCCUAAAUCAUGAAAUCCUUCCUCUCAGGGGGGCACCAGAGUUCAGGCGAAGAGCUACUGACCUUUAACCUUUAACCACGUGUUCGCUUCAUGAGCUCUCUGAUGUCUGCUGCUUCAGGACGGAUGAUUUAAUGGUUUGAUGGAUUCUGCAGCGGCUUCAACAAAUGAUGUACAACACAAACAAAUGUACAGUAUGAUGAUGAUUUGUUACACUUUAUAUGACAGUAGAAAAAGAGCGAUUUGAGCCCUUAUUGGACUUUAAGAGUACUCUUGAUGUCUCUGUAUCGGCUCAAACUGGAUCUAAAACUUGUGUUGUGAUGU